UCCACCUCUGAAUGAGACACCUAGUUAAAUCAAUUGGUCAUACACAAAAAAAUUACGUAAUUUCUCUGUUUAUGAACCUGGACAUGAUAGCUUUCUUGCCUAUAAAAGGAGAACCUCUUGCACAUCACUACCACACGAGUUUGUAGAGAUAAGAUCGAGCAAGAGAUCAGACGUAAGUAACCAUGGCGGAUUAUCAUGGUGAAGAAGUGAAGAACAAACAGGUGCUGGCUAGAGACUACAUAGAUGGCAAUCCUAAAGAAUCGGACAUGUACUUCAGCACUAAUACCAUACGCUUGAAGGUCCCAGAUGGUUCGAACGCAGUUCUGGUGAAGAACCUUUACCUCUCCUGCGAUCCCUACAUGCGAGGCACAAAGGAAAAAAACCCAGUUCGCCUCUUUAAUUCCUUCGCCCCUGAUUCACCAAUAGUUGGGUAUGGAGUGGCUAAAGUUGUGGAUUCCGGGCACCCAGACUUCAAGAAAGGAGACUUGGUUUGGGGAGUAACCAAAUGGGAAGAAUACAGUCUGAUCACAAAUAAACUGAUCGAAAGCCUCUUUAAAAUCGAGCACACUGAUCUUCCCCUUUCCUACCAUACUGGACUUCUUGGUAUGCCUGGUAUGACUGCUUAUGCUGGUUUCUAUGAGGUCUGUUCACCCAAGAGAGGAGAAUAUGUCUUUAUCUCAUCAGCAUAUGGCGCAGUUGGUCAGCUCGUUGGACAGUUUGCUAAACUGAUGGGUUGUUAUGUUGUUGGAAGUGCUGGAAGCCAGGAAAAGGUUGAUAUACUAAAGAACAAGCUUGGAUUCGAUGAGGCUUUCAAUUAUAAAGAAGAGCAUGACUUGGAUGGAGCUCUGAAAAGAUACUUCCCUGAAGGCAUUGACAUUUAUUUCGAUAAUGUUGGGGGCAAAAUACUUGAUGCAGUUCUUCUCAACAUGAGACCCCACGGCCGCAUUUCUGUUGCUGGAAUGAUCUCGCAGUACAAUCUUGAGGAGCCUGAUGGCAUAAAGCAUUUGUUGAAAGUUGUGUAUAAGCAGAUCCGAAUAGAAGGAUUCACAGUGUACGAUUACUAUCACCUGUUUCCCAAGUUCUUAGAACUUGUGCUGCCUUACAUUAGAGAAGGAAAGAUAGUGUAUGUGGAAGACACAGCUGAAGGCCUCGAGAGUGGCCCUGCAGCUCUGGUUGGAAUGUUCAGUGGCCGCAGUGCUGGAAAACAAGUAGUUUUGGUUGCCCGCGAGUGACCGACCUCCAUUCAGCCUCCUCCUAUCUUUGUGUUUUGCGGGUUAAUUUUCUAAUGCCAGUAUGCCACUGUUUUUACAUGCAUGAGAGAGGGAGAGAGAGAGAGAUGAUAUGUAAUAAGGAAUAAGUACGUUAAUGCUUUGUGGCUAGAUGCGUACAUAACAAUCUCCAUACCUGUUCAAGUCAAGAGACUUGCUUUUAACUUGAGCCAUGUUUUCAUCUAUAUGAACUCUGUAUCAUACUUUCUUUUCUAAUAUGGACAAAGAUCGAGUGUAGUAUC